AUGAAUUCCGUUGCAGACAUGAACAUGUUGCAGAUGAAGGUUGGCUUUCUAUGCUUUCUGUUAUGCAGCUUCGCAAACUGCUUUCCCAUAUCAGAUCAAAAUAAAAAUGACUCGAGGUCGGCGUCCGAUCCUGAUCUACAGUUUGCAAAGGUAUACCUGAAUAAAUUCUACACGCUUCCCCAAAGCAAGAGAAGUACUGGAUCCAUUGAAAAUCAGCUGCAGGCAAUGCAGCACUUCUUUGGUUUGACGGUUACUGGAAAACUUAACGUUCAAACCUUAAAUCUGAUGCACCAGCCGAGAUGCGGGGUUCCUGAUGUGGCGCAAUACAAAGUUAUCCACAAGACAAUAACAUGGCCUUCAAAUAUUAUAACAUACAGAAUUGUUAACUACACGCCUGAUCUCCCACCUGCACAAGUGACGCAGGUCAUUCGCAACGCUUUGAAGGUUUGGAGUGAGGUGACCCCGCUAGACUUCAUUCAGCUCCUCGAUGGAACGGCUGACAUAAUGAUAUCGUUUGGUGGGCAAGAACACGGAGACUUUUUCCCAUUUGAUGGAAGCUCUGGUAUAUUAGCACACGCUUUCUCUCCUGGAAAGGACAUUGGUGGAGAUGUCCAUUUCGAUGAAGAUGAAACAUGGACAAUGACCGCAGACGGGUCCAGCUUAUUUACUGUUGCUGUGCAUGAGUUGGGCCAUGCUCUGGGACUAGACCAUUCCAGCAGUCCUACUGCCCUCAUGUUUCCGCUCUACAAGUACGUCAGUUUAAAGGACUAUUCCCUUCCAGCUGAGGACAUCCUGGGAAUACAGCAGCUAUAUGGUAAAUACACAUUGCAAAAUGCUACAAUCACAUGCCAGCAAAUGACGAUGAGUAACUUCUACUUUCUUAUAUAA